GCAAAUGCCAGCAAUUUAAAGAAUUUCCUUUCAGCUGUGAGACUGGCUCACCAAGGGACUGACAUAGGAGCUCUCCCUCUCUCAACUUUGGUACCGGCAAAGAACUCGGAAGUUGAAAAACCUAAGACAAAAAUGAUCAUAACUUCAAGAAGGGACUAUCCUCUCACCAAGAACUUCCCUUACUCCCUCGAACAUCUCCAAGCCUCGUAUUGCAAACUUGCUCGAAUCGACAUGCGUGUGCUUUGUUUGAAGAAACUCCGAAAACUAGACCUAAGUCAUAAUCAUAUUAAGCAGCUGCCAGCGACUAUUGGUGACCUGAUCUGUCUUCAGGAGCUUAAUUUGCACGACAAUCACCUGGAGUCCUUCAGCGGGGCUCUCUGCAACUCCACCCUUCAGAAAUCUCUCCAGUUCUUGGACCUGAGCCAAAACAAAAUUAAAGCACUUCCAAUUCAGUUUUGCCAGCUGCGAGAACUCGUUAAUUUAAAGCUCGAUGACAAUGAGUUGAUUAGGUUACCAUUCAAGAUUGGCCAGUUAGAUCAUCUACGCUUUCUGUCUGCGGCUCGAAACAAACUUCCUUUCUUGCCCAGUGAUUUUAGGAAACUCUGUCUUGAAAACUUGGAUCUCUUUGGAAAUCCUUUUGAACAGCCUAAUCCACUUGUUCCCAACAUACAACUGAAAAUACCAUUGACUUUAUUAGAGUGUGCUGCAAGAGCAACCGUAAAUUACAGAAUCCCUUAUGGUUGUCAUCUCCUUCCUUCUCACCUUUGUGAAGAUCUGGAAGUGGCUAAAACAUGCCAGUGCGGAAGUGCCUGUCUGAGCAGCUUCAUUCAGAUCACGGUGACCAUGAAUCUCCAUCACGUAGCUCACACCGUGGUCCUCGUGGAUAACAUGGGAGGUACGGAAGCACCCAUCAUCUGCUACUUCUGUUCUCUAGACUGCUAUUCCCAGUUCCUGGAUAGGUACCUGCAGAGUAACGGGUGA